UUUAAUGUGGUUAUGGUGGACCCAACCAAUGAUGUCCGUAUUGUGGGUGUGAUCACUGUGACUGCCAUCCUUCUCAUUAUACUGGCUGGAAUGACAUGGGUGAUGAAGACUCAGAUGGUUUUCUUUCUUGCUCUCAUGAUCGCAUUUUCAAGCUACAUUGUAGGCACAAUAAUUUCUCCUUCAAUUGAGAAACAGUCCAUUGGUAUCUUUGGAUAUCGAGGUGAUAUCUUCGUACAGAACUUAACUCCAGACUGGAGAGGUGAUCAAGGGAAUUUUUUCCAGAUGUUUGCCCUUUUUUUCCCAUCUGUCACUUGCAUUACGGCUGGAGCCAACAUCUCGGGAGAUCUUAAAGACCCUGCUAGUGCCAUCCCCAAAGGCACCCUUUUGGCCAUUCUGUGGACUACAUUAACCUACUUGGUGAUAGCAAUAACUUCUGGGGCUUGUGUGGUGCGGGAUGCUUCUGGGAAUAUUACCGACUUCAUGACUGGAAACAUUACUGACGGCUGUGUGGGACUGGCAUGUAAUAUGGGCUGGAACUUCACGAGCUGCAGCCAGUCACGGACCUGUAAUUAUGGUCUAGCCAACAACGUACAGGUAAUAUCACAGCUGUCUGGGGUCUACUACCUCAUCACGGUCGGAGUCUUUGCAGCCAGCUUGUCUUCUGCCCUUGGAUUUUUCGUCUCUGCACCAAAAAUGUUUCAGUGUCUGUGCAGUGACAAAAUAUACCCGUACAUCAUAUUCUUUGCAAAGGGUUAUGGGAAAAAUGAUGAGCCAUUCCGAUCCUAUGCUCUCUGCUACAUCAUCUCUGUGGGCUUCAUUCUGAUUGCCCAAUUAGAUGUGAUUGCACUCCUGAUCUCCAACUUCUUUUUGUGUGUCUAUGGUCUCAUAAACUUCAGCUGCUUUCAUGCUUCUAUGAUCAAUUCCCCUGGGUGGAGGCCGGCAUUUCGCUUCUACAGCAAAUGGACAUCUCUGUUUGGGGCCGUAGUAUGUCUAGUUCUAAUGUUCCUGUUCACUUGGUGGUCUGCUCUUAUCACGGUGAUUAUCAUCAUCUUCCUCUAUGGAUACGUCGUCUACACCAAACCAAAGGUAAAUUGGGGUUCAUCAAUCCAAGCAGAAUCAUACAACAUGGCCUUGUCAUACUCUGUCUCACUCACUAGUGUGGAGGAUCAUGUCAAGAAUUUCAGGCCACAGUGUCUUGUCAUGACUGGGCCCCCAAAACGACGACCUGCACUGGUGGACUUUGUUUCCUCCUUCACUAAACAUGUUAGCCUGAUGGUCUGUGGAGAUAUUAUAAUGGAGGACAGCAUUAACCAACUUAGGGAUGCUACGCAUGUAAACUGGCUGAACAAGAGGAAAGUCCGGUCGUUUUACACUCCUUUUACAGCGAGCAGCCUGCGAGAAGGCACAAAACAGCUGUUGCAGGCAACGGGCCUUGGGAAGCUGAAACCAAACACUCUGGUUCUGGGCUUCAAAUCCAACUGGAAAGAGAGUACUCUUGAAAGUAUCGAUGAUUAUAUCAACACCAUUUUCGACACAUUUGACUCCAAGUUCUGUUUGUGUGUCUUGAGAAUGAUAGAUGGUCUGGACGUCGCUGAAGAAUUACAAUGUGAAGUGAACCGGGGUUUUGAGCCUGAUGAACUGGAGGAAAUUUCUGUCCAACCAAUAGAGGAGGAGAACACAGCCGAUGACGUGUCUGAUGAAGACGACAGUGAUCCGAUCAGGACGGUGUUUCAAAAUAGCCAGGGGAAGAAAACCAUUGAUGUCUACUGGAUAGCAGAUGAUGGAGGUCUGACGUUACUCAUACCAUACCUGUUCACAAGGAGAAGACGAUGGCGCAAAUGUAAAGUCAGAGUUUUCAUCAUGGGACAGGAGGAGACUGUGAAAGAGAGCCGUGAUAAUAUCAUUGUUCUGCUGAAAAGGUUCCGACUGGAUGUUCAUGAUGUCAUCGUCAUGACUGACAUGGACAGAUGCCCUCUUCCUAAAAGCUUAAACAGGUUUGAGGAGAGUGUCAUCCCCUUCAGGUUGUUUGAUGAUCAGCAGGAUGGUGCCUCCAUCCAGGAACUGAGAAAGAAUGCUCCUUGGAAAAUAUCUGAUAAAGAGUUUGAGGCCUUCAAACAAAAGUCUGAAAAUAAAGUGAGGCUGAAUGAAAUCAUCCGAAAAAAUUCACAACAUAGUGCUCUAGUUCUUGUGAGCCUCCCAGUUCCACAAAGGGACUGUCCCAGUGCUCUGUACAUGGCCUGGCUGGACACCCUGACCUAUGGCCUCCACUGCCCUGUGGCGCUAAUACGAGGAAACCAACAGAACGUCCUCACGUUAUACUGCCAGUAGAUGAUCGUUUGGAAAGAUGGAGAAAUAUGUAGAUGGGACACUCUGAGAGAGGUGCUGGACCACCAUAUGUUUAAUGAAGUCAGCACUGCGUAUCUGAAGUAGAACUCUACUUAAUGGCAUAUAAAUACAUACAUACUUGUACACUAGUUGGGAGAGAGCCACUAAAACAUCAGUCUGUAGGGUCAUAGAUUGGAUUCAGCUGUUAAUUACAAACUUUAAGUGCUGGAAGCUUUCUCUGAAUACCUAGAGGUGUAGCAGCGUGCAUAAUCCCUGGAUCGGUUUUAUAUUAUUUAUUGAUUCUGCUACUGACCACUAAACAUCCAUACCACUGAUUUGAAAAGGACAUGUGUCAUCUGAACAUCUACUCUUUGAUUUGGUGUUGAGUGCUUUAGAUAACAUUUAAGAAAUCAGUGCCUCUUUGAGUGUUCAGCGACUGACAUGUUCUCAUCGCGAUGGCUGCACCCAUUGCUGAUUCAUUUUCAGUGACAGCUUAGGACCAUCACAGCCCUAACACAAAGACUUUUGCAUCUCUGAAAUUCAGUGUGAUCCAUCUAUGAAGUUCCUCUAGCUGUCGUACUGUUGACCUGUUGUUGAUGACAGUCUGUUUUAUCUGCAUGUUGGGGAUUAAAGUCACCACUAAACUCUUCU